AAUACAUACAUUAUACAUACGUUCAGCAAAUGCCAACUUUCGCAUGUAAUAUGUAGAACCGUGCAGAAAUAUGUAGCAAGUGGUCACGUCUCACAGCUAGUUCCAUUCCAUUUCAUCAUAAUUCUUGACUGAUACUGAGAUUUCAAUCAAUCGUUAGUUCAACCUCGACCCCGUGUGCAACUCAUACUCAACAUUAAAUUCAAGGCAAUAGAAUUUCCUGCAGGUUUGAGACGUUAUACUGUUCAGGCUAGCUAAUUUAUUUAUUUUCCGCGUCAUGAAAAUGCCCAAUGACAAGCCAAAAUACAAUCCUGUAUCUUCCCGAAAAAUCGGUUUUGAUAUAAAACUUGGUUGGAAUGGUACAGCUAUGUUCCCAGGACUGGAACGUUUGUCAGGUCAAAGCGCAGUGUUUGAUGUGAGAAUGACUUGGUUGGACGCUUUCAAGGCGCAUUUUGGUAUAUCUCUGAAUCCAAUAAAAUACUCAGUGCAACGACUUUGGAAGGACACAGGCCGGCUGAAACAUGACCUUCGAGAACCGAUAAAACUUAUGAUGCAAGACUGGGCCAAGAUUCAGCGUUCCUUUAAAAUCUACAUCGUACUGAAUAACAAGUCUGUCCAAGUCAGCAGGAUUGAGGAUUCGGGAAAAUAUCCGAUGAGAACUGGACCAACAGAGCUGUUGACCUUAGAUGAUGAUGAUAUGAUGUCGCCACCUUCAGUGGUCGGGAUACAGAUGCGAAAUCAGUUUUACAACUCCGAAGUGGCAAAGAAUAAUGGCAGGACAAGUUCAAUCAACAUGAUGGCUUCAAACGAAGUGAAUUUCAGAAAUGGUUCCUCACCAACGCCUACGUAUAAUAAUCAAGCCAGGCAGUCAGCCUUGGUCCACCGCAAUGUUUCUGGGGAACAUUCGUCGUCCUCAUUUGUGAGUCAAACCAGAUACACAUCAUCAAGUCACGUGCCACCGCUGACAAUAAGGAUGCGGCCCCCACCACCGAGAACGCAGCCGGUCCCGGCAUCGUACCAAGCCCCAACGUCUACAGUACUGUCAAAGAUUUCAAAGCCUAAAGCCACGCAACCAGUUUGUUACACCGAUAGUGACGAUGACAGUGAUGCCAGAAGCGAUGUCACCAACGACAGCCAGGACUCGCAGUUGGAAGACUUGCAAGCACUCGGGAUCCCGUAUGAAGAUCUCAAAUCAAUGGUAGUCUCGAGGGCGAAGAAGAAUUACACAAAUAUUCAGUUUUUGAAAUUGAAACACGAACUACAACAGUUCCGGAAGAAGAAUGAGCGGCGGUGGAUAAAGUGGACCACGUCUGCACCAAUCACAGCUAAUAUUUUGCGAGAAUUGUUUGAAAUCGAUGAGAACUGAUGGUCUAGAGUAAAGAUGAUGGAGAAUAUUUUCUUACGCAUCAUGCUGUGUAUCAUGCAACUAUAGACUGUUGCGGAUAUGGCUUGUGAGUGAUACUUGUUAAUCACACUAAAUACCGUACAGUAUUUAAGUAGAUAUUAAGUAAACGACUUUUUGUUAAAGUAUUUAAUAUUAAAUAUUUAAGUUACAUAAAUACUCUUUUGGAAAUCGUGUUGUGCUGGUCAAAACUCGUUAUCGUAAACCGUAAUGAUAUACAUGCUCACAAUUUGUGAGUCACAAAUGUGAGAUUUUGUGCACUCUGAAUAACAAAAUAAAAUCUCACGAAAGUGAAA